CCAGUGCCGCACAUAUUCGCACAGUUUGCUUUUCAUGUUACGUUUCUCUGCAGACGUGAGCACAUCACUUGCCAUCAUCCGCAUACUCGAACCUAUGUGCACCUGACAAGGCCUACCAUAUUCGUCGAAUUCAUCAUUUUCGAAUUAAAAUGAGAAAUAAAGUUCCCGAAUUCAAAACUUCAACGACCAAUAUGUCAACUGAUAAAUGUGUGGAAAAACGAUACGAUGAUAUAAUAAAAUCACAAAAUGACGAUCGAUUGUACAGGGGAUUAUUACUCUCUAAUAAAAUGAAAGUACUUUUAAUCAGCGAUCCAACAACUGAUAGAAGCGCUGUUACAAUGGAUGUUAAUAUUGGUCAUAUGUGCGAUCCCGAUGAUUUGCCUGGGUUAGCGCACGUUUGCGAACAUAUGUUAUCCUUGGGAACGAAGAAAUAUCCUCAAGAAAAUGAUUACGCUAAGUACUUGUCGCAAAACGGCGGCAAGUCCAAUGCCAUGAUAGACACAGAUCACACCAGUUACUUCUUCGACAUAACACCAGAAAAGUUGGAAGAUGCUUUAGAUCGAUUUGCGCAGUUUUUCAUAGCACCUCUCUUCGGGGAAACCAUGAUCGAAAGCGCGAUAAACAUCAUAAAUUUAGAAUAUGAGAAAAAUUUAAGAAAUGAUACUUGGCGAUUUAAGCAGUUGAACAGAUCGUCUGCGAGCGCCGAUCAUCCGUUUUCAAAAUUCGGCAUAGGCAAUAGACAAACAUUAGAUACAAUACCGAAACAAAAGGGCAUUAAUGUUCGAGAUAGACUACUUGAGUUUUAUGAGAAAUAUUAUUCUGCUAAUAUGAUGUCACUGUGUUGUUCUUGGUCAAAGAGUCUAGAUAAACUCGAAAACAUGGUAGUAAAUCUCUUUUGUGAAAUACGAAACAAUGAAAUUGAAUCUCCAGUGUUGACUGAACAUCCAUUCAAAGAUGAGCACUUUGGCACAAUAUGGUACAUUGUUCCGAUAAAGAAUAUAAGUCUCUUAACUGUAUGGUUUCCUUUGCCUGAUUUACAGAAUUAUUACAGAUCAUCGCCCGCAUAUUACGUUUCUUAUUUGCUUGGAAGCGAAAAAGAAGGUUCGUUAUUGUCAGCUUUGAAAGCCAAGUAUUGGUGUAACUUUUUGAAAGCUGAACACCGUAAGGAAGCUAAAGGCAUCAGGUUUUUUUCUAUUUCUGCUGAUUUAACCGAGCAAGGUAUUGAGCAUAUUGAAGACAUUGUUCAAAUGAUAUUUCAGUAUAUCAAUAUGCUCAAAUUGAAUGGCCCAGUCGAACGGAUCUAUAAUGAAUAUAGAGACGUUAGGAAUAUGAAUUUUCGUUUUAAGGAGAAGGGUUUUCUUUUUCGUUACGUAUAUUUUAUAGCUAGAAGUCUGCAUGCGUAUCCCAUGAAAGAAGUUUUGUGUGCAGAAAAUACUAUUACCGAAUGGCAACCGGAUUUGAUUAGAGAAGUAAUAAAAUAUUUGACACCGGAAAAGAUCAGAAUUCACAUUGCCGCGAAAGCAUACGAAAAUAUAGCAAAAGAUACCGAAAGAUGGUAUGGUACUAAAUACAAGAAAGAGAAGAUAUCCAAGGAAGCAAUGGAUAUGUGGAAUAACGCUGGCUAUAACUCGGACUUGAAAUUGCCUUCCAAGAAUGAAUUUAUAGCGACCAAAUUCGAUAUUAAAUCUGAAACUAAUAUCGAACCGUUUCCUAUUAUUUUGGAAGAUAAUGCGUUUAUAAAGCUUUGGUAAAAAGAUAACGAAUUUCUUGUACCAAAAGCGAAGAUGAUCUUUAAUUUCGUCAGUCCAUUUGCUUAUAUGGAUCCUGUUAGUACCAAUUUUACUGAUAUAUUUAUCGAUCUAUUUCGCGAUUCUCUAAAUGAAGAAACACAUGAUGCUAAUUUAGCUGGUUUGCAGUGGAAUUUUCGUAAUACUAAAUAUGGAAUAAAACUUUAUAUAGAUGGUUACAAUAGUAAUCAACGUGUAUUGCUCGAAAAGAUUAUGGAUCAAAUGAUAAAUUUUAAAGUUGAUCCAAUAAGAUUUGAAACUCUGAAGGAAAAUUAUAUUGGAAAUUUGAUAAAUUUUGCUGUUGAGGAGCCUCUUGACCAGUCAUAUUACUAUCUUCACGUUUUAUUGACAACAGAGCAAACUUGGCUCAAAGAUGAAUUAUUAAAAUUAACUGCUUAUUUAACUCCCGAGAGACUCCAACGGUUUAUAUCACAGCUACUUAGUAAAGUUCAUGUGGAAAGCUUAAUAUAUGGUAAUGUGACUAUGCUAGAAGCUAUAGAUAUAGGUAUAUUAAUUAAAUCUAAGAUAAAUAAGAUGUCUCACGAAGUACCUUUCUUCCAACAGCAUUUAGAAUUAAAGCGUGAAAUUAAACUAGAAGAUAAUUAUCAUUUUCUAUUUGAAGCGGAAAAUAAGUUACAUAAAAAGUCUUGUACAAUGAUAUAUUAUCAGAUUGGUGUACAAUCAACAGAGUCAAAUAUGCUCUUAGAACUCUUGGAAAAAAUUAUUUCUGAGCCUUGCUCCCAUAUUCUAAGAACAAAGGAACAAUUAGCUUAUACGGCAUAUAGUGACGUUCAUAAAACAACUAGUACGCAAGGUUUGCAAAUUGUAGUUGAAGGUGACAAGCAUCCACAAUAUGUCGAAAGGAGGAUUAAUUCGUUUAUGAAUUCCAUGUUGGACUAUAUAGCUACCAUGCCUGAAGAGCAAUUCGAGAAAUACAAGAAAGCUGUGGCUGUAUUACGUUUGGAGAAACCAAAAACAUUGAAUGCCCAAUGCAAUGUAUAUUGGAGUGAGAUUAAAAUCCAACAAUAUAACUUUGAUCGAGAAAAUAUCGAAAUAUCUUACUUAAAAACGAUAACGCAGCAGCAGUUACUUAAUUUCUAUAAGGAAAAUGUACUUAAUAAAGCUCCUAAAUUAUCAAUACAUGUGAUACCACCUACGAUAAUAUUAACAGAAAAGGAUUCAAUUAAUUACACAACAGAGAAGAUUGCCGAUUCACCGAUUGAUAAAAAAAUUAAGAAAAUUGACGAUAUCAUGUCAUUUAAAAAUAAUCAAGUUUUAUAUCCUCUUUUAAAACCAUUUAAAGAGUACUCUUCAAAGGAUAUAUUUUCUUCUAAAUUAGAAAAAAAAUGAUAAGAUAGUAAAAUAAAUGAAUGA